UUAAUUUGGGCCUAAGGUAUUAAAAAGAAGAUAAAUACUAUGGAAUAGGAAGCCCAAGUAAAGUGGCAUAAGUAAAUACAUGGGCCUUGAAAACCCUAGCCUUUUUCCUUCAAGGUCUCACGUGUUUUUGCUGAUGGGAUUUCUUUUGCUUCAGCCGAAUAUUGAAUGUUGAUUUUCUUCACUGUGGCUGUGGGUGGAGACUUCAGGUUCUAAUUCUACUGAAUUGUUGUAAUUCAAGGGAGGUUGAUUUCCUUUAUUUUUGCAGCUAAGAGAUACAUUAGGUGGAUUACUGGAAUAGAGAUUCUUGGGAGACAGAUGUUACAAACUAUUUUUGUGGAAUUGAGGAUUUUAUUAUUAUUUUAUGGCAUUAAACUUUGUAUUGGAGAAUUAUUUUGAGGAUGUUUUGUAUUUGGUGAAUUAGAGCUCUGACUUUGAAAUCAGUUUCAAGGUUGCUAGUUUCUUUUAUUUAAUAUUUUUAUGGAUUAUUCAGAUUAAAUAGAUUUUUAUUGCCUAUGAUUUUGGGGCGUUACAUUUGUGGUAUCAGAGCUUAGGAUAUGAUUCUGUAGACACUUGAAAACUAGGUUAUGAUUUUAUAGACACUUGAAACUAGGUUAUGAUCUUGAUUUUUGUCAGAGCAUUUGGAAUUUAGGUUAUGUUUGAUGAGAUAUUUUAAAUAAUUUUGGCAAUGUUACUUCUUAUGUGUAGUAAUAAUAAUUGUUGCACCGUCUAUAUUUCUUGAUUUCCUUGUUAACUAGGUAUCAUGCCACCCAAAAAGAAAAGAGUAGCUAAUUCCAAUAGCGAGGAACCUAUUGUUAAUUUGCGAAGGCCAACCAAAGCAAGGGUUGAUACUGAGGCUGAAGUCACUCAAGACAUGAGAAAUAAUGAACGUCCUAGGGUGACACGCACUGAUCCUUUGGAUGAAGCUGCUGCCCGACUGUUGGACAGGUUGGCCCAUGUUGCUAGUAGAGGCGUAGGUAGAGUAGAGGCAAGGGCUGGUUGCUCUUUUGAGACUUUUAUGAAGCAGAAUCCCCCUUCCUUUGAUGGGAAGCCAGAUCCUACAGAAGCUGAGAACUGGUUCUUGCAAAUGGAGAAAUUGUUAGAAGCUUUAGAUUGCACUGACUCUCAGAAGGUGCGGUUUGCAACUUUCAAGUUGAUUGGAGAAGCUGAGCGUUGGUGGAGAUCUACUAAAGCCAUUUUGGAGGGAAUGGACACUGAGAGAAAUCCCAUCACUUGGGAGAAAUUUAAAGGGGUUUUCUAUGAUAACUACUUCCCUGAGGUGGUUCGAGAACGAAAAGAAAGGGAAUUUGCUGAUUUGGUGCAAGGAACUAUGACUAUUGAGCAGUAUGCUGCUAAAUUCAUCGAGUUAUCUCGCUUUGGACCCCACUUAAUCCUUACUGAGGCGAAGAAAGCAAGUAGAUUUCAAAAGGGGUUGAAUGAGAGACUUCGACACCAUUUGAUUGCAGCAGGGGUUGAUAACUAUGCAGAGUCAGUUAAGAGAGCUAUGAGACUGGAGGAAGAUUUCAAGAACAAUGUUAGGAAGGAGAACCCACCUAGAAACACUGGACAGACAGGCUUUUGUCAAGGCAAUGCUCAAGGUCAUUGGAACAAGAAAGGAUCUUUUGGGAGGUCUGGGAGUAAUUCAUCAUCAAAUAAGCCAGAAAAUAAGAAUCCACCCCAGAAUACUCAAGGUAGAAGUUUGAAUGCUUGCCCUACAUGUGGAAGGUUUCAUGGAGAUAAGCCGUGUUUCUUUGAAGGAAAGGCUUGUUAUAACUGUGGGAAGAUAGGACACUUAGCUAGAAGCUGUACUUCUCCUCAACAAAACUCAAUGGCACAACCUGGGAAGAAUGAUCAGAGGAGGAAAGCACAAGGGAGAGUGUUUGCACUCACACCACAAGACGUUCAAGCUUCGGAUACUGUGGUUACAGAUACAUUAGGUGGAUUACUGGAAUAGAGAUUCUUGGGAGACAGAUGUUACAAACUAUUUUUGUGGAAUUGAGGAUUUUAUUAUUAUUUUAUGGCAUUAAACUUUGUAUUGGAGAAUUAUUUUGAGGAUGUUUUGUAUUUGGUGAAUUAGAGCUCUGACUUUGAAAUCAGUUUCAAGGUUGCUAGUUUCUUUUAUUUAA